CCCUUUAACAACGAGGACCGCUUAUAACACUACAAGGGUAAAGUGUAAACAUUUUCUGCACACUGCAUGUUCCUAGGAUGUUUCCCAAGUUGAAGCUUUGCACCAGGUUUUCACCAACUGUUAACCAGUUAAGAAAACUUAGCAGUAAAGAUGUAACCCCAAUCAACAAAAUUCUGAUUGCUAAUCGUGGAGAAAUAGCGUGUCGUGUAAUUCGGACUGCUCGUCGUCUUGGUAUUCAGACAGUAGCAGUCUACAGUGAUGCUGACAGGGAGUCACUCCAUGUGGCUAUGGCAGAUGAGGCCUUCCACAUAGGACCUCCAGCAGCUGCUCAGAGUUAUCUCCAACAGAAGAAGAUCAUCCAAGUAGCUAAAGAAUCAGGGGCUCAGGCCAUACACCCUGGAUAUGGUUUUCUGUCAGAGAACACAGAAUUUGCUGAGCUGUGUAGUAAGGAAGGGGUGUUGUUUGUGGGACCCCCAGCUUCAGCUAUCAGGGAUAUGGGAAUUAAAAGUACAUCAAAGUCAAUCAUGGCUGGAGCAGGAGUUCCUGUCAUAGAAGGUUACCAUGGUGAGGACCAAUCAAAUGAAACACUUAAACAAGAAGCAGCAAUGAUUGGUUACCCUGUAAUGAUAAAAGCAGUAAGAGGAGGAGGUGGAAAGGGGAUGAGGAUUGCUAUGAAUGCUGAGGAAUUUGAGAGCCAGCUGGAGUCGGCCAGAACUGAAGGCAGAAAGUCCUUUGGUGAUGACGUUAUGCUACUGGAGAAGUUUGUACAGACACCGAGGCAUGUAGAGGUUCAGGUAUUUGGGGAUAAGCAUGGGAAUUAUGUGUACUUGUUUGAGAGAGACUGCAGUGUACAGAGAAGACAUCAGAAGAUUAUUGAAGAGGCACCAGCGCCUGGUCUGACAGAGGAAGUGAGAAGAGCCAUUGGAGAGGCUGCAGUCCGGGCUGCUCGUGCUGUGGAUUAUGUGGGGGCUGGUACUGUUGAAUUCAUCAUGGACAAAGAUCAGAAAUUCUAUUUCAUGGAAAUGAACACAAGACUACAGGUGGAGCACCCAGUAACAGAGAUGGUCACAGGCACGGAUCUAGUGGAGUGGCAGAUCAAGGUGGCUGGUGGAGAGCCUUUACCAAUCACACAGGAAGAAAUCAAACUUAAAGGGCAUGCGUUUGAAGCUAGAAUUUAUGCUGAAGAUCCAAACAAUGCAUUCAUGCCUGGAGCUGGUCCCCUUGACUAUCUAAGAACACCUAAACCUGAUAAAGAUACUCGCAUUGAAACAGGUGUAAGGGAAGGAGAUGAGGUUUCUGUUCACUAUGAUCCAAUGAUUGCUAAACUAGUGGUCUGGUCUGACGAUCGAUCAUCUGCACUCAGACGAAUUCACUCUGCACUGUCUCAGUAUCAUGUUCUUGGACUAAGUACAAACAUCCAGUUUUUGAUGGACCUGGCCAGCCACCCUGAAUUUGAAGCUGGCAAUGUCCACACGGACUUCAUACCUCAGUUUAAUGAUCAGCUGUUUCCUGUCCGCACGUUAUCAGACAAAACCGUCUGCCAGGCAGCUAUUGCACUGAUGUUAAUAGAACAGGAAAAAAUCCAUCAACAUGCUUGUAGCACUCUAGAUCCAUUCUCUCCAUUUUCUGCCUUGUCAUCAGUGAGAGUGAAUUCCUCAGCUGUACACAAAAUGUCGCUGCAGGACGGAGAUAAAAAACUGGAUAUAGUCAUUCAGGCAAACAUUGACAGGAGCUUCAGUGUGACAUUUGGAGGGAAAACUUACCAUGUGACUGGGGAGAUACAUGGGGAGGAGGCAGGUGUUAAACUUACCUGUAGUAUUGAUGGCGUCUUCUCCAAAGCUGAUGUGGUCGUCAACAAUAAUACAGUCCAUGUCUUUACCAUUGAAGGGAAACAUGAUUUACACUUGCCACUUCCAUCAUAUCUCAAGUCAAAGGAUGAAUCAGGCUUUUCUGAGGAUGUGCUCGCUCCCAUGCCAGGAGUGAUAGAAAAAGUACUGGUGUCCCCUGGUACAGAAGUUCAGAAGGGUGACCCACUGCUUGUCAUGAUAGCCAUGAAAAUGGAGUAUAUCAUCAGAGCACCAAAAGAUGCCAAAGUACAGACCAUUCUGUAUAAUGAAGGAGAGACAGUAGCCAAGGGAACUACUCUGGUUCAUUUUGAGGAGGAACAAGCCACAAAGGACGAUGAGUCAGAAUAAAUCUCAAGAGCAUUUUUAUUGGCAUUAACUGAUGUUCAAAUAAUUAUUAUAGAUUGUGAAUAAUACUCUGUGAAAUAAAAUGUAUAUAAAAUCCUG